GGCAAGAGACCGGAAGUGACCGCCCUCUCGCUUCUCCUCCCACCGCCUCCCAGUCUCCCAGCCUCUCUUGGAAGAAUGAGGCGGCCAGAGGGCUGUGGCUGAGGUGCGGUUGCUGGGUGACAGGUCGGAGCCGGGACGGGGAGAAGCUGCCACCAAAACUUAUUUUUCUUAACUUACACUCCUUGAAGUUCUUGGUACUUUGGCUGGAAACGUUAAUACUCGCUUUAAGGCUUGCCUCCUUAUUUGUUAUGAUGAGAACUACUUCUUUCUAAACCAUAAUGGCAGAAACUGCUUCUCCACUGAAGCACUUUGUGCUGGCUAAGAAGACAAUUACAGCAAUCUUUGACCAGUUACUGGAGUUUGUUACUGAAGGAUCACAUUUUGUUGAAGCAACAUACAAGAAUCCAGAACUUGACCAAGUAGCUACUGAGGAUGAUCUGAUAGAAAUACAGAGGUAUAAAAAUAAGCUUUCCAUCAUUGGUGAGGUGCUAUCUCGGAGACAUAUGAAAGUGGCAUUUUUUGGCAGGACAAGCAGUGGGAAGAGCUCUGUUAUCAAUGCCAUGUUGUGGGAUAAAGUCCUCCCUAGUGGAAUUGGCCAUACAACCAAUUGCUUCCUGAGUGUUGAAGGAACGGAUGGAGAUAAAGCCUAUCUCAUGACAGAAGGGUCAGAUGAAAAAAAGAAUGUAAAGACAGUUAAUCAGCUGGCCCAUGCCCUUCAUAUGGACAAAGAUUUGAAAGCUGGCUGUCUUGUACAUGUGUUUUGGCCAAAGGCAAAAUGUGCCCUCUUGAGAGAUGACCUGGUUUUAGUGGAUAGUCCAGGUACAGAUGUCACUACAGAGCUGGAUAGCUGGAUUGAUAAGUUUUGCUUAGAUGCUGAUGUCUUCGUUUUGGUUGCAAACUCUGAAUCAACUCUAAUGAAUACGGAAAAACAGUUUUUUCACAAGGUAAAUGAGCGACUUUCCAAGCCUAAUAUUUUUAUUCUGAAUAAUCGUUGGGAUGCCUCUGCAUCAGAGCCAGAAUAUAUGGAAGAUGUACGCAGACAGCACAUGGAAAGAUGCCUACAUUUCUUGGUGGAGGAGCUCAAAGUUGUGGAUCCUUUAGAAGCACGGAAUCGUAUCUUUUUUGUUUCUGCAAAGGAAGUUCUUAGUGCUAGAAAGCACAAAGCCCAGGGGAUGCCAGAAGGUGGUGGGGCACUUGCAGAAGGAUUUCAGGCGAGAUUGCAGGAGUUUCAGAAUUUUGAACAAAUCUUUGAGGAGUGUAUCUCGCAGUCAGCAGUGAAAACAAAGUUUGAACAGCACACUAUCAGAGCUAAACAGAUACUAGAAACGGUGAAAAACAUAAUGGAUUCAAUAAACGUGGCAGCAGCAGAGAAAAGGGUUUAUUCAAUAGAAGAGAGGGAAGACCAAAUUGAUAGACUGGACUUUAUCCGAAACCAGAUGAACCUUUUAACACUGGAUGUUAAGAAAAAAAUCAGGGAGGUUACAGAGGAGGUUGCAAAUAAGGUUUCAUGUGCAAUGACAGAUGAAAUUUGUCGACUCUCUGUUUUGGUUGAUGAAUUUUGUUCUGAGUUUCAUCCUACUCCAAGUGUAUUGAAAGUAUAUAAAAAUGAGUUAAAUAAGCACAUAGAAGAUGGAAUGGGAAGAAAUUUGGCUGAUCGGUGCACCAAUGAAGUCAAUGCUUCAAUGCUUCAAUCCCAGCAAGAAAUUAUUGAAAAUUUGAAGCCAUUACUUCCAUCUGGUAUACAGAAUAAACUACAUACACUGAUUCCUUGCAAGAAAUUUGAUCUCAGCUAUGACCUAAAUUGCCACAAGUUAUGUUCAGAUUUUCAAGAGGAUAUUGUAUUUCAUUUUUCCUUGGGCUGGUCCUCCCUUGUCCAUCGUUUCUUGGGUCCUACAAAUGCUCAGCGGGUGCUUCUAGGAUUAUCAGAGCCUAUCUUUCAGCUUCCCAGAUCUUUAGCUUCUACUCCCACUGCUCCUACCAAUCCAGCAACACCAGAUAAUGCGUCACAGGAAGAACUCAUGGUUACCUUAAUAACAGCAUUAGCCUCUCUUACGUCUAGAACUUCUAUGGGCAUCAUUGUUGUUGGAGGAGUGAUUUGGAAAACUGUAGGCUGGAAACUCAUAUCUGUUUCAUUAAGUAUGUAUGGAGCUUUGUAUCUUUAUGAAAGGCUGACUUGGACCACCCGUGCCAAAGAGAGAGCCUUUAAACAGCAAUUUGUGAAUUAUGCAACUGAAAAACUGCAGCUGAUUGUUAGCUUCACAAGCGCCAACUGCAGCCACCAAGUACAACAGGAAAUGGCAACCACUUUUGCUCGCCUGUGCCAACAAGUUGAUAUUACACAAAGACAUCUAGAAGAGGAAAUUGCCAGAUUAUCCAAAGAGAUAGAUCAACUGGAGAAAAUACAGAACAAUUCAAAGCGCUUAAGAAAUAAAGCUGUUCAACUUGAAAACGAGCUGGAGAAUUUUACUAAGCAGUUUCUACAUUCAAGCGAUGAAGAAGAAUCUUAACAAUAGAGAUUGCUUUGGUGAUCAUGAUAGAAGAUGGAACUUGGAAGAUGGGGACAGUUAUUUUUAUGAAGUGACUUUAAAUAUGAAUUAUACUAACUAUACCUAAAUAGCAAAUCCUUGAGUAGAUCCUGGUAUUGAUCUAUCUCAGGGUGUGUGCAUUUCUGAAAAGUGUUGUCUCUUUAGUUUUAAUUUUGGGUAAAGAAAAAUCCUUUGAUAUGUGAAAAUGAUGAAUUAGUUUAAAGAACCAACUCUCUGACCCCUGCGGGGUGGGGCCUUGCUCUUAAUUAGGGCUCUCUUUGUUUUUGAUUCUGAAAAACUCUGCUUCCUGGCAUCCAGGAGUUAGAGAAUGCUCCUUUCAUCUUCUUUCUCAAAACGAAUUUUUGAUGCCUAUUUCAAUGGGAAUAGUCACAUUUUUGUUUUAUAAACUGCAUUGCUCUAACCACAAAGGAGUGUGGAAUGUUCUUGAGUGUAUUAUUUAUGCAGGUUACAAUCACUUUUGCAUCCUGGCAGGUAUGUAAACCACUAAUAAUGCUGUUUUUACUCCCUCUUUUAUUCCUAUUAAAAUUGAUGUAAAACAGUA